CAUGUCCUUUGCAGUGACCAAGCCCCUCUCCACUUGGUUCUGUCAAUCAAAACCCAAAACAAGAUGGCAGGCUGUGGGAGCUGGGUCUUCUUUUUAACAGUGUGUUCUGCCAGUUUGUUUGAGGCCAGUUCUGACAUCAAAGUUACCAUUCCUGUGGGGAAGUUUUUUACACAUGAACUGUUUAGAGAGACUUUCCAGAACGACUUUGAACCUUUGGGCAAAGUCUACGGCAUAUUGUACAACGACCCCAUAAUAUUUAAGUGCAACAAACAGAAUUUCCCAGACCUCCCAGAGUGGUUGCGCUUCACCCAAAGGAACCCCUAUGACAACGGCUUCUUGUAUGGCACACCAAUGUCUCCAGGAAAAAGUAUAAUUGAGAUUUAUGCCACCAACCAGCGGAGCUAUGACACAGUCAGACACCUUCUCAUAAUCAAAGUCGUUCCAGACAAGAUUCUGCCCUAUCAAGUCGAAGUCUUCAUCAAGCUGAGAGAGAUUGAAAAAGUGCUGCCCUCUACUGUUCAGGAUGAGAUAAAGCAGGAUUUGCAGAAGCUGUGGGACACAGAGACCCUGGAAAUGAUCAACAUCACCAACGCCCUCGAUCGUGGUGGCAGAGUUCCACUCCCUCUUGCAGGGCACUUUGAAGGUGUGUAUGUGAAGGUAGGGUCAGAGGAGUAUUUCUCCAAAUGUCUCCUGAGGGUGCUGACACCGGAGAACAAAAAGCAGUGCAAGGAAGAGGCCAAAAUCAAAGUCCCUGGAGAAUGCCACUUCUGCAUAAAUCCCAGCAACUGUAUCACCUGGUGCAAGACGGAGCUGUUUGAUCUGACAAAGAUGAAGCCGAAGCCACCUGCUCCCACUAUGGGUUCAGGGAUUUUGGAGGCUGGAGAGGACUUCAAACCUCUGGAGUCUCCCCCAAACAGAGACUAUUUCCCAGACUACAUCGUGACAGUGAUUGUGCCCCUGAUCCUCGCCAUCAUCCUGUUUCUGCUGCUGGCUUACAUCAUGUUUGGCAGAAGGGAAGGAAUUGGCAAAAGGAAUGCAAGAACAAACCAAAUUCAGCUGUACCACCACUACACCAUCCAUGAGAACACUGACGAGCUGAGGACCAUGGCUGGAAACAGAGGGGUGCCUCCACCCCUCUCCACACUGCCCAUGUUUAACAGCCGGACUGGAGACAGGGCCUCCCCGCUGCAGUCUGACAGCAUCCCACUCAUCAUGGCCCAACAAGAUCCAUACAGUGACACACUGCCCAGGAAGUGAGAGCAGCGAUGGAUAAGAUAUAACACAUGGAGUAUUAUUAAUAACCUCUCUGAGACACAGUUUGUGGAUUAUAUUUGCAUUUGGAUAUUAUAAUUUCUUCCUGUUUGGGUUCCAUUAAAGUAAAUGAAUAGUAUACUAAUAGCUCAGAUGUUGUCAAACUAAUUAUUGUCACACGUUGUAAACUAAUACAUAGGUCAUUUUUAUAAACACUGAAGCAUGUUUUGUGGAUUAAAUAUUUCUUUGGUUCAUAAAAUAUUUUGUUUAUAUUUAUUAAUUUCUUAAAGGGUAUGUGAUGACUAGUUGGACAAACUUUGGAAGAAAUCCAUUUGAUUUGAUUAACCCAGGCUGCUAAAAAUGUAUAUUAUAUGAAUUAUUAUUCAUUCGCGUAUUAUUAUAUUCCAGCAAAAAAUCAUGUUCUUACUCUGGCAUGUUCUAUGACUGACCUGAAAGAUGCUCAAUAUCCAUUCUUUAUAUUCAUCUUAUCCUUCUUUAGUGGUAAUACAAUAAAAAAUAAGAAGGGACAGCUUCAGUUUAGAUAUGCUUUUAAACACAGGUUGUACAUGCAGUAGAUGUCAGGCAGAGGUAGGGUUUGAAAGUUGGCAUUCAGCACCUGCAGCACGCAUGCUCUGCUUUAUGAGCUCAAAGUAGAAAUGCUUUGUUUACACUUUGCUUUAGAGAAUCAGCAGCUGCAGCAUUAAGGGAGCUAGAAAGGAUAAAGAUGAGCUCAAAUGUAUGUUUAAUUUGGAUCUGUGUGUAUGCUGUAUAUACAAAAAAAAACCAGGAUAUUUUUUUAUUCUUAUUUCUUACUAUAGUUUUGUAUACACUCACUGGACAUUUUAUUAGUUACACCUUCAUAAUACUGGUUUGGUGUCCCUUUUGCCUUCAGAACUGCCUCAGUUCUUAAUGGCAUAGGUUCAACAAGGUGCUGGAAAUAUUCCUCAGAGAUUUGGAUCCAUGUUAACAUGAUAGCAUCACACAGUUGCUGCAGAUUUGUUGGCUUUACUUCCAGGAUGUGAAUGUCUACAUCCCAAAGGUGCUCUCUUGGAUUACGUUCAGGUAACUGUGGAGGCCGUUUGAGUACCAAUGAAGUCAUGUUCAAGAAAUCAGUUUGAGGAGAUCAGAGCAACUGUGACAUGGUGUGUGAUAUCCUGCUGGAAGACACUGGGGUCAUAACGGGAUCAGCAUGGUCACCAACAAUACUCAGAUGGGCUCUGGCAUCUAAACAGUGAUUAGUUGGAAAUGGAGCUCAUUCCAGGCGAUAUGUUUCCACUCUUCUACUGACCUAUUCUGGUGAUUCCAUUUUAAUUGUAGCUUCACUUUCCUGUUCUUACCUGACAAGAUCGGCACCUGGGGUGUGGUCUUCUGCUGCUGUAGCCCAUCGGCCUCAAGGUUCAACAUAUUUCUUGUUCAAAUAUGCUCUUUGAACGUGAUUGUAACAAGUAUUUGAGCUAUUGUUGCCUUCCUAUCAGCAAAAAGCAGUCCAGCCAUUCACCACUUUCUCUUUUUAAACAUUCUCUGUAAACCCUGGGAAAGCUGGGAAAAUCCCAGCAUAUAAGCAGUUUCUGAAAUACUCCGACCAGCCAGUCUGGCACCAACAACCAUGCCACAUUCAAAGUCACUGAAAUAGCCUUUCUUACCUAAUCUGCUUGAGUUGAAGGGCAUUUAUUUCACCAUGUCCUAAAUGCGGUGAGUUUCUGCCAAGUGAUUGGGUGAUUAGAUAUUUGUGUUAAUGAGCAGUUGAACCCUAACAAAGUGGCCGUGAGCAGAGAGAUACAUGUGGGUUGUCUCUGCUAUGCAAGUAAGCUGUGAUGUUCUUUAUUCACAGCAUGAUUUUGUUUUGUUUUCUUUCUUUUGUUUGCUUCUUAUCCUGACCGGCUUUACACGAGUGAUGUUGUUUUUAUCUAUAAAUAUCUGUUUUCUAAGUCACCUCAUCAUCCUCAUCAUCAUCACCUCGUCACAUUCGGUGAGUUGGGCUGUGACAGUAUGAACCACUAAUCAGUUUUGCCAGUAAAUUGUCUAGUGACAAAGCAAACUAUGAAGAGGAGAUCAGUUCAACAGUUUACAGAUCAUUCAUCACUUAUGGCUGGAUCAAAAAGAGGUUCACCCUCUUCUUAAAGGGUUGCAGCUUUUAUCUGGUUUUGAAGGAUGAAAGCCUAUGAAGCCUGCAAAUAAUAGCAGCUUUGCAGUGCACUGCAGCAGUAAUUUUCAUUCCAGUUUGCUUCUGUGCUUUGCCUGCAGGAAGCAGCCGUUGUUGCAUUAGACAUCCAGAAGGAGUCGCUGGUGGUGUAUCUUCAUUUGGUAUGGGCGUUUUCUCUUCUGAGACAAGCAUUCAUUUCUGCAAAGUUAGCUCCUUGUUUUUCAGUGUGACAAGGAAACAACUACGGCUGCUUCACUGAUAAUUCAAACUGCAUUUUGCAGUAUUUUAGGUUUGGUUUCUUAAGAAAUUUAGCUAAGGAGCCAAUAACUUUUUUAGGCACAAAAAAAGGCUAGAGUUUGGUAUAUUGGCCUUGUUUUCACUGCUGCUUAACAAAAAGUAGUCAGUGCAACUGUUGUGGAACAGUUGAUUGCUAAACACAUGGACAAAAUUGCUUCUGUAUCUCUCGGCCAGAGACCUAGCUCUCUAAAAAAAAUCCCAAAAAACAGCUUCAGCGUGAGCUAUCUUCUCUAAAACCUCAGUUUCACAACAGUUGCAAAACAGGACAGUGAAAACUCUGCCACUGAGUAGACCACUUCACAUGCUUUAUUUCAGCACCCAAAAUAAUUAAAAACAUCUUGAUUUAUUAUACAUGUACAAAAUAAGUACAGAAUCUCUCUUUUAAACCAUGAAAGUGGGUCUGCUUCAAAUUCUUUUUUAAGAAACCCUUCGCAAGAAAGACAUCAACAAACAACAUAAACAACAGGGUGGGAGAUGUGUGCUGUUUGGUUUUUGUUUUUUUAGUAAAGAGGAGUUUUCCACAGGGGCAAACAGACAGAAAGAUCAACACUGAACACAUGGGCAGGGAAAAUGAUAUUGAACCAGACAUAUUUGCAUGCAAUACAAUUGCAGUGAUCACUUUUUCAGAGGACCUCUGUUAUCAAACCAACACUUAAGAAGAAAACAAUUGCACUGCAUAGACAACAAGACAAGGAGUCAAUUUAGUAGCACCAAAGGUUCUGCAGGGAUUAAGUGGCAAUGAUUCCAGUACGACAGUGUGAGUUUCACCAUCAAACACCACUAGCUGGACCUCAUUGAAUCGGUAAUAGCACCUUUGAAUGGUUUUAGUGUUCCCCCAAUAGACUUGUGGUGUGUGACAUAGCAAAAAGUGGGGGUGAUGUCUUGUUAUGAGGUAGCCAUCUAGAUUUUGCAAUGAAGGUGAGCUUUUUAGUCUUGCUCUUUUGCUGGUGUUUGCUUUGUCUGCUCAGCGUUCAGGUGUUUUUCUCAUUAAUUUAGAACAAGAAGACACUUCACACUUUUUACAAUUUAUUUAACACCAGAAAAAUGGUACAUAUCAUUUGUUGUUUUCAAUGUCCUUCUGCAGUGGUAGAAAAUGGCAAAAGUCACCUGUGUUUCAUUGCGUGUGCAGAUCUGGGUUGUUGUUUUUUUUGUUUGUCUUAAUCUCCGGGGGGAAAUUUUACACAAGCAUAUAUUAUUUUCUUGUUGCCAGUGAAAACAAAAGAUUCUUUUUAAAGUGUCCUCGUAGUUGGUUUCGUUUGAAGUAGCAGUCCCAAAAAAAACUUCUCAUGAUUGGAAAGACACAAACACUGUCUUCAGUAGAGUGGUUUUAAGCAUGUGGACCAAUGGCAGCCAAAUGAAUGCAUAGAAAGAGGAUUUAGAGAUGACUGCUAGAAAAAAAAACAACAAUGUCAUGUCCAUAUUUCUUUCAUUUUUACAAGAA